AUGAAGAUAUGUCUACGCUAUCUCUGUGGCUCUGGAUAUCAACAAGGUAUUGGUCAGGAACUUGGUGUUAGUCAAGCAACGGUAUCUCGGACUAUGGAUAGAGUUGUGAAAAGCAUAGUUGCACAGUCGAACGAAUGGAUCAAGUUUCCAACUACCAAAGAUGAACUGAGGGAGGCCAAGCGGAUAUCGCAAAGCAUGUAUAAAUUUCCGACAGCAAUUGGUGUAAUUGAUUGUACAUAUAUAGGAAUCCUGAAACCAAAUCGCCAUGGAGAUGAGUAUAUCAACCGAAAAGGGAAACCUACUUUAAACGACAAGCCACUUGUGAUGCCAGAGAGAUGUGUUGACAAGUAACAAGAGUUGAUGUCAGUUGGGCUGGAUCAGUACAUGAGUCCAGAAUAAGGAGAAAUUCACAGACUAGAUCACAACUAAUAAAUAAAGCAAAUAUACUACUUGGCGAUGACGGUUAUGGUAUUGAGCCAUGCCUUAUGACUUCCUUCAGAAAUCCUACUCCAGGUGCAGAAAUAAAUUGUAAUAAGCUUUUAAAACAACGCUGUUUCGGCCAACAGAAACGCCGGUUUCCUAUCCUGCAGUAUGUUUGCAGCGUAAAGUUGGAAAAUGUGUCGAAAAUAAUUAUUGCUUGUACUCGUAUUGUACUCUAUAAUGUUGCGAAGAGCUUGGUCAAUCCUGACUUUGAGUUAAUUGAACCAGACCUAGAUGAAGAUGACAGAAAUCGUGAGAAUGACGAACUUCCUCUCCGAGAAAUAGGUGAACAAAUAAGAAGAAACUUGAGUAUUAUAAUAAAUAGUUUUACUGAUUAAAGUGUAUUUAUAAGUUAUAAUAACUUUUAUUUUCGUGAACAUCAUAAGUUACAGGUGGC